CUUCAUUAAUUAAUAUGCUAGAUAAAUCAAAUACAAAUUCAAGUGUCCCUGAAUCAUAAUCUCCGAAGAAGCUUCUAGAUGGCGUUCAAAAAUAAAAGAGAUCCAGAACUCGUAAAUAUAGCGAUGCUCAGCGUGAACACAAGUGCGAAUGUGGAAAGUCAUACUUAAGUUAUCCUGCACUCUAUACACACAUGAAAUAGAAACAUAAUGGGGUUUACUAAUUACUUAAUACUCUAGUAAUCUUAGAAAAACCUAGAUGAACAAAGGUUGGAAUCGACAUAUUCAGAGUCACAAACUUAAGACAUCUUUACAACUCUUGCAAAUGCCUUAGGUAAAGAGGAAGAUAAACCACAAGCUUCUUUGAAUUUACAAGAUAUGUACGAUCUAAUAAUGUGGGAAGUGUAGCUAUUAAUAAUGGAGACUGACAGCAAAGAAAUUAAAUUGGGUUACUAUCAUGAACUAUUGAAAUAAACUUAAACUACUGAUGUAAACACUCCCCAAGAUGCAUUUAUAAGGUUUAUUCACGAAGUCAAAGGAGUCCUUAGUUAUGAAUAGAUGAAACUGAUCUUUCUCUUUGUUUACUCCUUUCGAAAGCUUCUGCUUGACUAUCCAGACUGUCCUACUAGUGGACUAGUUGAAAAAGCUAACUAAUUAGUUUGUUUUCAAUUGGAUAAAGUACUCUAAAGUAUUCAACAACUUUCAAAUCGAAAUUACAUAGUACAUUUGUCUAGAGUACCUAAUUUAAGAGAAGCAAUGAUCCAAAUAGUACUAGGAUUUUGUAAUUGGUUAUAUGCUCGUCAUUUGACUGAUGACAAAUUACUUCUGAAGAGCGAUUCUGAUUGA